AUGAGAGAGGCCGUGGCAGCCGAGGAGGAGGAGGAAGAGGAGGAGGCGCGGCCGCCCUUCGGCCCCAAAGGGGGUGGCCAUUCCCGUUCCCAGUCCCGGUCCCGGUGCCGCCGGGAUCCCGGGCUGGGCGCCGCCGUGCGGAUCCUGUUCGGGAUGGCCGCGAUGAUCCUGGCGGCCGUGGCCACGCUGGGAACGCUGGAGAUUGGAGUUGGGAACGGGAUUGGGGUUGGGAUUGCGACUGGGGUCAGGAUCAUGAUCGGGAACAUGAUUGGGUUGAUCCUGGCCGCCAUGGCCACGCUGGGAGCGCUGGCGUUCCGGAGGGUCGAUUCCAUCUCCGCGGAUAUCAGCUCAGCCCAGGCCUCGUGGGAGCGCGGGAUCCUCUCCCUGCACCAGGAGCUCCAGGCAAGGGGCAGGAGAAGCAGCUCCGGGAACGGCUCCGUGUUCUGGGACGCAGCGGCGCUGGGCCGGGAGCUCUCGGAGCUGCAGCGGGAGCUGUCGGAGCUGCGGGAGACGCUCCAGGCGCAGGAAUUCCAGCUGGAGCAAACCGCCCGCAGCCAGGCCCGCCUGGCCAGCGCCGGCUCCGACCUCUCCAUGGGGCUGGAAAUCUGCUCCGAUUCCCUGGGGAGCAUCGGCCGGAGCCUGGAGCGGCUGCGGGAUUGGGCUGGGGAGUGCCAGGGCGGCACCGCCCGCCUGCGGAAUUCCCUGCGGGAUCUGGCCUGGCGGGAAUCCCAGCUUGGAGCGGCGGUGGAGCCGCUGAAUUCCAGCCUGGCGCAGAAUUCCCGGCGCCUCCGCGAGCUCCGGGAGAACGCGGCCGAGGGGACGCCGGCGCUGCGGGCGGCGUCGGCCGAGGGGCAGAGCCUGACGCGGCUCCUCGGGACGCUCCGCGCGGAUUCAUCCCGGAGCGCGGAUCGGCUCCGGAGCUUCCAGGCGGGGCCGGGCCCGGCCACGCGGGAAACCUCCCGGAAUUCCGAGGGGCUGCAGGAGCCGGCGGCGCAUUUGCUGGCGCCGCAGCCGCGGCUGGACGGGGCCGCGGCGCAGCUGGAGGAGCAGCGGGACGGCGCGCGGGAGCCGCGGCGGCGCCGCGCCCGGGAAGGGCGGCGCGGGCAGGAGCGGCCGCGGGAGCUGCGGUCCCGGCUGGAAUCGCUGCGGGAGGAGCUGCGGAGCGUCGAGGCCGGCGCGGGCGGCGCGGAGGCGCACGUGCGAGCCACGCUGCGCUUCCUCGAGGCCGCGCGCGAUUCCUGCGGGCGGGAGCCGCGCGGGCACGGCCGGGAGCUGCGGGAGAUGAGCAGGGACGCGGCGGCGAUCCGGGCGGGAACGGAGGAGCCGCGGGAGCGAUCCGGGAUCCUGGCAAUGCGGCUGGAGCCGGGCGUGAGGAACCCGAGCCUGGCCGUGCGGGAGAUGAGGGCGGUGGAUGCGCGGCACGGGGAGAUGCUGCGGAAUGCCAGCGAGAUCCGAGGCGUUCCGGGGCUGCCGGGGCCGCGCGGCCCCGAGGGCGACACCGGGCGCGGGGGCGCUCCGGGAGCCGCGGGCCCCGGGGGCGGCCGCGGGGAUUGGGGAGCGCCGGGAGCGCCGGGAGCGCCGCCGGGAGCGGCCGGACCGCGCGGGGAACCGGGCCCGAGCGGAGCGCCGGGGAGCCCCGGGCCCCAGGGCGCCAAGGGCGGGAUGGGCCUGCCCGGAGCCCGCGGGCAACCGGGGACACCGGGCGGGAGCGGAGCCCCGGGGGCUGAGGGGCGGGACUGCCGGGAGCACCGGGGCCACCGGGACCGCCCGGGCCACCGGGGCCACCGGGGCCGCCCGGACUCUGACCAGGACGGGGACAGGAGGCACCGGGACCACCGGGAGCGCCCGGAGCCCGCGGGGAGACCGGGACAGCCGGGGAACCGGGGACAGCGGGGGAGCCCGGGGAGAGGGGAGAGCCGGGAAUGCCGGGACUGCCGGGACCACCCGGGCCACCGGGACCGCCGGGACCAUGACCGGGACAGGGACAGCGACAGGGGACAGCGGGGACAGCGGGGGAGCCAGGAGAGAGGGGAGCGCCGGGACUCUGACCGGGACAGGGACAAGGACAGGGGGACAGGGACAGCGGGGACAGGGAGAGCCCGGGGAGAGGGGAGCGCCGGGAAUGCCGGGACUGCCGGGACCGCCCGGGCCACCGGGACUCUGACCGGGACAGGGACACAGCGGUGA